GUCACUUUUUUCUACACGCCAUAAGGGCGCGACGGCGGGAAGCGCGAUAAACAAAGCCGAGCCGGCGGUCAGCUGCAGGCAGCGCCAGGUCGCAGCACACGAGCUCCCAGAAGAGUCCCAAUGUAUUCCUGGUGCCAGCAUCAGGCGGAGUGAAGUGAGGCCACAGAAGAUGCAGGACGAGCUGGAGCCAGAGCUGGAUUCCACCGCUCCACCCCACACGGACAUGGCACAGGAUGGCAACACACCAGUCACCAAACCCCCUCUGUCAGCAGCCGUCCGAGCGAAGAUCGAGCGUAACAGGCAACGGGCCCUACUGCUGCGGCAAGCGCGGUUAGCCAGUCGGCCGUCCUCCAUCACUGAAGGGGCCUCCUGUGCAAAGAUACACAAGGUAAUCGACUCGGGCGCCGGCUUCUUUAUUGAAGAGGAUGAGGAGCAGGACAAGGAGCAGCAACAAGCCGAGCGAGUUCUUCACAAGCCAGGCCCAGUGCUCGAAUGCGACUACCUGCUGUGUGAAGAGUGUGACAAGCCCUUCAUGGAGUCCUACCUGAGUAACAGCUUUGACGUGCACGUCUGUGACAGCUGCAGAGACGCAGACGGCAAGCAUGCGCUGAUCACACGGACAGAAGCGAAGCAGACGUAUCUCCUCAAAGACUGUGAUUUGGACAAGAGGGAGCCGGUGCUCAAGUUUGUGUUGAGGAAGAACCCCCACAACCCACGCUGGGGCGACAUGAAGCUCUACCUCAAACUGCAGGUAGUGAAGCGAUCUCUUGAGGUGUGGGGGAGCACCGAUGCCUUAGAAGAGGCCAAAGACACCCGGCAAGUGUCCCGAGAGAAGCUGAAGCAGAAGCGCUUUGAUAAGAAGGUGAAAGAACUACGACGAGCCGUAAGAAGCAGCGUAUGGAGGAAGGAGGCCGCCGUUCACCAGCACGUCUACGGGCCGGAGGUGGAGGAGGACGUGUUCAAAAAAACGUGUAGCAUCUGUGGCCACGAAGUCACUUAUGAGAAGAUGUAACAGUGGAUCAAUAAAUGUGCAUUUAGACAAAC